AUGAAUUCAGAAGCAAGCGUAUAUAGUAAUAUGGACUGGAGUCAAUUGGCAAAUCCAAUGAAUAAAAAAGAAAGUCAACCUUCUUUAUCGUCUACCAACAACAUGUAUCCUCAGUUAUCAUCUUUUAUGAAUCCUGCUGCAGCUAGUGGUGCAGGAUCUCCUGCAAAUUUGCAAGCAGACCCAACAGCUGCCACUGCUUCUGAUCGUCAUAAAAAACUCUCUUUAAAAUCAGGUAAUUUUUGGGAUUCGUACGGUGUAGCUUCAUCUACCCCUCCUGUGCCUUCGUUUUCUUCAAAUAUGGCCAACCCGGCAAAUUCUGGUAAUGCCUCUUCCCUGAAUACCAAUAAUUUGAGUGAAAAAGGUACCGUAUUAACUCCUACUGCUUCUUCUAUGCCUAUGACAGCUUCCAAUACAUUCAAUGCCGACCCUAUUCCUCCCUAUUCGAAUACUACAUCGAUUGGAGGAAAUCCCUUGGGCUCUGCGGAUCCGAAUCCGGGAAUCUUUCCUGCUAAAAGCUAUGCAUCUCCUUUUCCUAGCGCACUUACGACCGAAGGCAUGUCACCUAAGUUUUUGAAGGAUCGUUUCCCGUCUUCAAAUACCGUAGCUGGAGCAGCUUCUCCUAAAGUAAAUAGUCCAUUUACUUCUUAUAAGAGAUCUUCUUUGAAUGUUAGCCCUUCCUCUACCUCUAUACCUCAAUCUCGUUCCAUCGGAUCUGGUUUUAAUAAUCCUUCUGGUUAUGGUUGGCUUCCGCAGCAAUAUAAUUCGCUACCGACAUCGUAUCCAGCGAAUCCUCCGCAAGAUGUUGACCCUGCGCUAGCCCAAUUUGCCGGUCAUGCUUAUGAUUCUACAAAUGCAGCUACCCUCGGUGCUUCUGGGUACCAACAAUUUGCUGGUGCCUCUCAGCCCGAAGCCAUACCGGAAAGUAUUAACUCGCCUUUGCGUCGUGGCUCCACUCGACUUUCAAACUCGCCGGUUUAUUCCGUUGGUGGGGGUAUGCCUGCUCGAGACACUGAUUCUCCUAUGAACAUCUUGGUAGAUAAGGCUAAAGCAAAGAUUUCCAUGAAUGAAAAUGGGGCUUCCGCCAAUUCUGUUCGUGAGCACUCUAUGCCUGACCAGACUACAUCCAAUUAUUUCACUCCUGAGAAUUUUCCACAGCACUUGGCCUCUUUAAUCCCACCUGCCGUUUUACGCUGGCUUUAUAAGGAUCCACAGAAUAAUAUUCAAGGUCCCUUUAGUGGCGUCGAUAUGCAUCAGUGGUAUCGUGCUGGUUAUUUCCCACUGAGCCUUCCUGUUAAACGUCUUGAAGAGGAGGAAUACUAUUCUCUAGCCUUUUUCGUUCGUCAAGUCGGAAAUCAGUUUGAACCAUUUUUGAUACCCUUGUCUCCUGUUUCAGUGCCAAACAAUCAAAGUCCCUCUUGGAAUGCUCAAGGCACGGAUUUGCCCUCAAGCACUUAUAUUCCCAAUAAUGAUAGUGAAGCAUUAGAAUCGGCGGAUACUAAACGUCAAGGGUCAGUGCAAUUUCAACGUGAGGAUGAUACAGGUGCCGCCAGAAAAGUAUCUAUUCAGUCACAAUCAUUGCCCAAAUCAUUAGUGGAAAGCAUUGUUAAUCAACCUGACGAGAGUGUACUUAAGGAAGAAAAGCAAACUAUCUCCUCUCCUUCUGAAAUCAUGAGCAAGGAAGGAAAGGAUGCCAAAACGACCAGUCAAAAGAGAGAAAAGGCACAUGAACCUAUUGAUCAAACUACCGUUGACUCCAAUUUGACCCAGAAUCUGAAAUCGUUAGAGCUUAAAGAAAAGCAAUCUAAGGAAGAAGUGAAGAAUACAACUGAAUCUGUUCAAAAGUCUGACGAGCCUAAGUUCAAUCCCUCAAUCAACAAACCUGCAUCUGCUACUGCUGAAACGGGAGCUUUUGCACCUCGACCUUCUCCUUGGAAGUCUCUGCCCAGUAAGCCUAUGCCGUCUCUAGAUGAAACUAUCCAUAAGGAGAUGGAGAAUGCAUUAAACGGCGAAUUGCCAGACCAAAAUGAGAAGACCACCCAGAAGCCGACAAACAGUCAACCCACCAUGCCCGUGGAAGCUGGAUCUCCUUGGGGUAAGGUUAACGAUGUGGCUACAUCUAUUUCGCAGGAAAUCCAGCGAAUGGAAAAGCAAAAUGAAAAUUUAAAAACCAACGCUGCCUCGAAUGCUCAGGUGCAAGCUCAAACUCAAAUUCAAGCCGAAGCUCAGGCUCAGGCUGAGGCUGCUGCUAAACCGGCCCCCCAAACAUUGGCAUCUACAUCCGUUUGGGGUUCUGGAUCUACUAAUCCUCCGAAUGCUUGGUCGAAACAUGCUUCCUUGAAGUCACCAAUGUUGAAGAAAAAUAUUCAGCAAGCGGAAGUUCAUACUAAGCAACAAGCUCCAGUGAGCACAACAACGAAUGCCGCUACUGUUGCGAACGUUACGGCUACCCGAAACGUCAUGCCUGUAGCCAAAGCUAAGCCAGCAACUUCAGCGCCUGCUGCCUCAGCACCGAAUGACGAGAAUAAGAAAAUGACUGCAUUCUUGGAAACUACACUUGAAUCUGAGGAUAGCUGGUCAGUCGUAGGACCGGGUGGUAAAGUGUUUAAUCAACAGCUCUCCGGUACCGCUACAGCCAAUCGCUCUCCAGCUACCAAACCCGCUGUGGUAGCCGCUCCUGUAAAUUCACAGCCUAAUACAUCUAAGCUACAGCAGGUUAUUUCUUCAUCUGGCCUGUCUCCGGAAUUUCUUUCGUGGUGUAAGCACUCUUUGAAAGGCUUAAACGAAGGUGUUAACUAUGAAGAAUUUUUAAAUAUGUUGUUAUCAUUCCCCGUUGAGUCUAACAACGAGGUUGCUGAGAUUAUUUCUGAUUCCAUUUAUGCUAACAGCACUACCAUGGAUGGUCGUAGAUUUGCUGGCGAAUUUAUGCGACGUCGUAUGGCAGAUCUCUCUGGUAAAGAUGAAGGUUUAGACGGUAUGAUUACCAAAGGUCAAGAAAAUGGCAGCCCUGGAGCUUGGAGUAGCGUUGCUCGCACUAAGCCGAAGCAAGGAGUUGAAUGGAAUUCUGCUUUCAAGGUUGUCACAGGUAAGAAGAACAAGAAGCGUACUUAA